AUGAGUGAGCAUGUGCUAACCUACUCAGAUGUGAAAUUUGAUCGGUCUAAAAAGAAGAAACCUGGAAACAAAGUGAUACAGAAGGAAAUGACAGCUUAUUCUGAGCUGAAGUUUCAGAACCUGCCUGAGCAGCAGAGAAGCACAAGAGCUCAGCAGACAGAGCGCAGAGGGCCUUGGGGCAGCCCAAGCCCACGGAGGAGAAAUAAAGAUCCUUCAGCUACACCUCUUCAACGGCAGCUUGCCACCCUUGUUCUUGGGAUUCUCUGCCUGAUUUUAUUGAUAGCAACAGGAGUUUUGGGUUACAAUGUGGUUCAGCUGGGCAUUGAGCGGAACAGCUUCCAUGAGCAGGUGGGAUACCUCUCAUCUGAGCUGACAUCCUGUCAAAACCAAGGAGUUCCAGGAAGUGUACAGGAGCUUCCCCAUGAUAUAGGGGAGAAGUGUCCAGCGCGGUGGAGUCACAGUACAAGUAGGUCCUACCUUUUUUCUCCUGAAAAGAGACCUUGGGAUCAGUGUAAAUACUCCUGCAGUUCUCACUCUGCAAGCCUGAUCAUGAUGGAGAGCAGAGAAGACUGGGGACUCAAACAAUGGGAGCAGGGCAAAUGCACCUUCUUGUGUUCAACAGCCCACCAUCCUCUGCUUGUGAACUCUGAAGAGAAAGAAAAGCACAAUGGGCCAGACCUCGUGCUGGUGUCAGAGCUCCUUGGGCUCCAGUGGAAUGAUGCUGACGGCCAUCAGCAGAGGGUCCGGCCUGUUUGUGUGAAGGAGCCCCAUCCCUGA